GAGAAGUUUUACUGGGCCGCAGGCCGCGACGCCGCGUGCUCCCACCGUCCCUCCCUCCGGCGCCGCCCUCAUCUUCCCCGCCGCCGCGGCUUCCUCCACUCCCCCCUCCCGCCGCCGUCGCGCAUCCUCCUCCCCUCCCCCAUCUCCAAAGCGCCGCAUCUCCUCCCAAUCUCCACCGCAUUAGUCGCGGGCUCGUGGCGGCUGAGGCGUCGAUGUGGCGGAUGAAGGAGCGGAAAGCCCCGUGAGUCGGGGUCUCGCCGGCGGAAUACCCCGUACAGUAUAUCGCAAGGUUUACUGCUUCUUAUAAUAGGAUGAUGAAAUGAAGGAUUCAGUGGUUUGGCAAAAGUAUUGCACGCUACAGCAAAUAGCAUAGUAUUGAAAGGUUCAUGGUCAUGUUUUUAUUGUGCAAUUUAUUCCAUUAUGCUGAAUUAAACAUAGAAACGCCAGUAAACAGAAAAGAAUGAUAAUGGUAGAAGUGUUGCUCUGCUACCCAGUAACCAAACAACAUCCUACAAGGUUAAGAAAUCCAGUGACAGGAGCUUUGAUCGGAUUAGAUGUGGAAGACUUUGCAGUUAUGCAGCUCAAUCCAUCUCCGGCGGCAUCUAAGGCAAGAACCUAAGAUAAUAUGCCAUGGUUAUGCUAAUGGUGCUUCAGAGCUGAAUUCCAACGCAAGGAGCUUGUUGAAAGGUGAAAUCUGCUACACUGGGAAGAAGAAAGAGAGCAUCUCUGUUUCCAGUUCAAACAUCGCUGUCUCUUCACAGGGCAUUGGAUUUAGUUUGGAGCAAAGAACUGGAGAGAAGUGCUUAGCCAAUUCCCAUUUGGAUGUAAAGCUGUGCACUGGAAUUGUAAAGCUGGUUAUAGAUAAGUGCUCUUAUAUUUUUAAGAGUAAAGGGGGCAUCUUUGAUGGGAACUGCAGAUUGCAAGAUGUUCUUAAGCUUGGUUUCUGGCUCUCACCAGAGACACUCCGCCCAUUUUGGCGUGCUUCAGAGCUGAAGCCUGAUGAUUUCCUUAACAUCUUGAUUGGCUUUGGGCCAGAUGCUGCAGAAGUGAAGAAGGCAAUAUUUUUGUGGAAUUUGUACUGGUGGGCUUCGUGGCAGAGCAAGGCAUUCCAACAUCUUCCAAGGUCGAAUGAAAUUAUGGUGUCAAUACUUGCAAAUGCUCAUAUGCUUAGCCAAGCGGAAUCAUUGCUUCUCUUGUUGGAUGGCAACAGGGUUCUGGCUGAUGCAGGUAAACUGUUUAGUCAGGUUAUCCAAGCGUAUGCAGAAGCUGGCAACCUUGGUAAGUCAAUUUCAAUUUAUGACUGUGCACAGGAUAGGUGUCUGAUUCCUUCAGGCUCAUGCUACCAGGUACUUCUUCAUCUACUGAUGGAAAGGAGAAAAAAUGACUUAGUUUUAAGAGUAUAUUUGGACAUGCUUGGAGCUGGAUUAGGUUCUUACACGGAAGGAGAUAUUCUUGAUAUUGUUGUCAAGGCUUUAAUCAAGAAAGACAAAUUUUUGCAAGCUAUUGGUAUAAUUCGGCAGUUAAAGGAUUUGAACAUUCAAAUGAGUAAGGGAUCCUUAUCAGCUGUCACACAAGAAUUUUGCAAGAAGAAGGAUAUUGGAGAUAUGAUGAAUUUCUUAGAAGAGUGGAGGUAUCUACCUGACUUGCUUCUCAGCAAUAGAAUUAUUGCCUCUUUAUGUGCAAAUAUUGGUACUGAUGAGGCAUGGUUGGUUUUCCAAAGAUUGGAAGUCUUAGGGUUUGUGCCAGAUGCAACUACUUUUGGAAUCUUCAUACGUUACAGCUGUAGAGAAUUGAAGCUGAAGGCUGCAUUUCUAUAUUUAUCUGAGUGCUUUUCUAGACAUAUUAACCCUAAAGUUUGUGCUUAUAAUGCUAUUAUAGGUGGUAUUUUUAAGGAGGGAUUAUACAGGCAUGCAAAGUAUGUCUUUGAAGACAUGGCUGAAAGAAAAAUUAUUCCAGAACUGUUAACAUACAAGAUACUUUUGGCAGGAUAUUGCAGAUAUAGGCAGUUUGAUGAAAUAGAACAAACCUUGAGGACUAUGGAAACCAAUGGCAUAAAUGAUAUCCCGUCUGGAAAUUGUGUGCUUUCUAAGGCCUUAUCAUUCUUGGGGCUAGACCACCUAGGGGUGAAAGUCAAGAGAGAUAAUGCUGCAGGCUAUCCAAAGGCUGAGUUUUUCGAUUCAGUAGGUAAUGGUCUAUAUUUGGACACUGAUUCCACAAAGUUUGAGGCUUCAUUGGUACAGAUUAUCGAUUAUGCUCUUUACCCAGAUAUUAGCUUGAAUCUAGUCAGGGCAUGUCGGCAAGGUGAUAUCGCAAGUGCUCUUGUACUCAAAGAUGAAACUUUUCAAUGGGGACAUGACAUUUCUACAGCUAGCUACUCAGAACUAUUAAAGGCCUUAAGCGCGAGCCCUGCUCGUGCAAUGGAUGCCAUUAACCUUAUUGACGAGAUGGCAGAUACACCUGACAAAUUUGAUGCUCAAAAUCUAAAUCUGGCUGUCCAAACAUUGAGUAGGAAUGGGAGGUCAGCUUGUGCAAGGUUGGCUUUCGACAGAUUGCUUAGAGAUGGCUUCCCUGCUAGUCAAGAUACCUAUACUUAUUUGAUGAUAGGGUUCUGCAUAGAAAGGGACAUAGCAGGAUUUUGGGAAUGUUGGAGUCUGGCAACAAAGCAUGGAUGGUCACCUGGUAGCAGGGAUGUGAUCCCCCUUAUCAGUCACUUGAGCAAAUGGGGGGUAAUCGAGGAAGCCUUGGAGUUUAUCAGCGUGUUGCUGGACUGUUACCCUAGUUUGUUUUUCAGUGCAUACUGCCAACUUCUCGAAGAGUUAUGCAUGACUGGUUGCACAAGUGUUGGAUGUGCAAUGCUUGAGGCUCUCAUAGAAAAGGGUGUGGCUGUGGAUCCUUCGCUAAUUUGUAAUGUGAUGGAAGGGUUUCUAAAGGAGCAUAAGAUUGCUGAAACAAUUGGAAUGUAUGACAUGUUGCUUAACAGAAACAAAGUAUUAAAUGUGUCCACUUACCAAUCUGCAUUGUCUUCAGUGGCAAGAAUUGAUGCAGAACGAGCCAUGGACUUGGUACAAUCUGUGAUGAACAUGGAAUCUACUGAUUUCUCAACGUGCAGUUCUAUCGUGAAGAACUUAUUGCAAUCAGGAAAAAUAGGCCAGGUAAUGUCAGUCUUUGAGGAAACAGUUUUGGGGAAGAAGUUCAAUGCUACCUUGCUAAAUUCCUUUCUACAAGCAUAUUAUUGUGUAAAAAAUUGGAGAAAGGCAGAUGCAGUUCUUUGCAUGAUGUUAAAGAUGCAGAAUAGCCUUUCUAUUUCUAGUUACCGCUUUCUUGUCCGUAGAAUGUGCGAGCAAAGUCGGAUUUCCAGCGCAUUAAGACUUAAAGAGCUGAUCCAAGAUAGGGACAAGUCAACAGAACUAAUUUUAUACAAUAUUCUGAUUUUUUAUCUUUUCCGGAGAAGACACAUUUUACAGGUUCAUAAUUUGUUGAAGGAUAUGAAAAGCAAUGGUUUUUCUCCAGACACCACCACUUAUGACUUCCUUGUCAAUGGGUUUCACAAGUCUGGAGAUGUCGAUCAUUCAAUUAAUAUGCUUGAUUCUUGCAUUGCUCAGGGAUUAACGCCAAGCAAUCGUAGUCUCAGAGUAGUAUUGAGUCACCAUUGCAAGUUAGGAAACCUUGAGAAAUCACUAGAAUUAUUUCAUCUGAUAGAAAGCAACGGAUGGAAGCAUGGUUUAGUCAUUGAGACAACCCUCAUUUCAAGUCUUCUCUCAUCAGGGAGGUUUUCUGAAGCAACAUCUUGUCUGAACAGCAUGAACAAAAGAGAGCUGAUUGGGUUUGACAUACAUUUUGAUGUCCUAAUCAAGGAACUCUGCUUACUGGGAGAUGUGGAAAUGUCUGUUAGUCUGCUAAAUACAAUGCUAAAGAAAGGCAAAAUUCCGAGUGAAGUUAGCUACGACUCUGUUGUGUACAGGCUAUGUAUGUUGAAAGAAUUCGAUCAGGCACUUGAUUUUCUUGCUGAGAUGCAAUUUGCGAACCUAAAACCAAGCGACAUGUCCUGCGAUGUGCUUAUACAGGGCCUUUGUGCCAUGGGAAGAACCUGUGAUGCUAUGAAUAUUUUGGAAAUGUUGACCACCAUUGGCUCUUCACCAUCCUAUCACAUGUAUAGAGUUGUUUUUGAGAACUGUUGCAGGAGUAACAAUCUACAGAAGGCUGCAACACUUCUGCAUGACAUGCAGCAAGCUGGGUUCUCACCCAACUUUGAGAUGCACUGGUCUGUUAUUAGCAAUUUAAGUAGUAAUGCUAAGAGGACUACAGGAUAUGAGAAGCCUAUUUUGUCCAACCUUAUUUCUUCAACUCAAGUGAACUCCCCGUGAAGUUUAUAUAUAAUAGGGCAAAAGGCCAUUCGGAGCGAAGAUAUAAGCAAUGCUGAUGUCUGGUUUUCCAGAAAGUGGUGAACUGACGAUUGUCAAGUUGAACUGUAGACACCAGUGGAACUGACAGAACUCCAUGAGAUCAAGCUAAUGCAAUUGAAUGUUCCAUUCACAUCUGAAGGUCAUGAUAAGGAUGUACUUUCGAUUAUCGUUUAUGUUGGCGGAGAUAAUGCUGAUAUUAUAUCACUCCAUCAAAUCAGAGUUGAAAUUGUACAGCUGAAGCUACAGAUACGGCCUUCUGCACCUCUGUAAAAGCGGAACAUUGGCAAUACAUGAACAUUGAGCCUGCGGCACAUCUCCUUUUGUUCAUUGGAGUUGACCAUAAGAAACUGCAGUUCCGGAUGCAUGCCAGCCAAUUGACAUACCUUUUGGGACAUUAUGCAAAAAGGGUGUAGGGCCUUGCAAGCUCCACAACUAGGGGAAAAGAAGUGCACCACGGUGAGCUUAUCGCUGGCCAACAGGAGCUGCUUGUCAAAAUCGUCUUGUGAUUCAAUGUUUUUCAUGUUGCAGGAUUUCAUGUUCUUUUCCCACCAUUUAGUCUUCAUUGGGGUGUGAACAGCCUAACACCACGACAAUAUAUCUCAUUGACAUCUCUUUUGUGCUUGAGCAUAAAAAUUCAGAUGACCUUCUACGGAAAUGCACUGAAUAUAUUUUUACAAAGAAAGCAUCUUAGUUUGCGCUUGUCAUAGCAAGAAUGGUUUUUCUGGAGGUAAAUGUUUUUGUUUGUAAUUUAAUUAGUUCCAAACAAGUAAUGUUCAAGAUUUUAUACUUUCAUAGCGUGUAAGACUUUCUUUUACUUCCUCCGUUUCACAAUGUAAGUCAUUCUAGCAUUUCCCACAUUCAUGUUGAUGUUAAUGAAUAUAGAUAGAUAUAUAUGUCUAAAUUCAUUAACAAUAAUAUGAAUGUGGGAAAUGCUAAAAUGACUUACAUUGUGAAACGGAGGAAGUAGUGUAUAAGGACAAAGUUUCAUAUGCAUGCUCAAUUGCAAUGUGGUAAGAAAUUACAUUGGUGGAAUUUUCUGUUGCAGCUUUGGUGAUCUGCCAACCAGUUGAAGCAUCCUUUUCUCGGAGCAAGAGGUGCUUUCUGUUGAUCCGAUUGUGGUUCCGAGCUGGCACCAUGAAGGAACCAUCAGAACUAUUAUUCUUGGAUCCACGCUGAGAUGAACGAGAAAUAGCCCAACAGUUCGUCAGAGCAGAAGCCAUUGCCAUCCUUCAACUGAAAAAGAAAGGAUGAAACAGAUCAGCACUCCUGAAAUGAUGUGGAAAAUGGGAAAUUUUAAAAGCUUACAUGCCACAACGUAUCCACACGAACUUUUCAAGAGCUGGAAAUGUUUGUGAUGGUGAUAUGGGAAUGGUCCAUGGUAUGGUAUUUAUAGCUGAAGAAAAGUUUGCUUCAGAAGCAAAGGAUACCUCAUCCUCCCUAAAACAGAGCCCCUUUUUGCUUUUUUUUUUCAGUUCAUGUUCGUGAGUUCAUCACUCUAAGAAGCAAAGAUGAUUAUCCAAAAGAAGAUAUGGACAGCCACAUUUGUUGUUACCUGCCAUCAUAUCUGGACUAGCUAGGUGCUUUAUAUACUCAGUUUCCAGUUCUCCAGCAAAAGCUUUGGUGUUUCUUACACUCUGCUGAUUUCUAUCUAAGGCGGCACGGCUUGUGCCAUGGACUGGAUGAAGCCGAUGUGUAUCUGGAUAAAAAGAUUGUCAACAUGACUCAUCUCUUCUGUAGUGUGUCAAUCCUAAUGCAUUGUGUGUUCUGUGAGUCAUGGGCAAACUUUUGAUCUAAAUCUUAAUCUACUUUACUCGGAUGUGUAUCCAUGACAUGACUGGAUUUCUUGUAGGAGUGCCUGAUAUUGCAGCUAUGUGGUGUAUUCUUCUUGGUUGUGUAUAUCUAACUGUUGAUAUAAAGGUCAGAUUUUUAUCCA